AUUGAAGUGUUGUAUUUUGCAAAAAGUGCUGAAAUAGCAGGAGUUCGUUCAGAGACCAUUUCUGUACCACAACAAAUAAAAGCAUUGCAGCUGUGGAAGGAGCUAGAAACUCGACAUCCUGGAUUGGCCGAUGUUAGAAAUCAGGUGAUAUUUGCUGUUCGUCAAGAAUAUGUCGAGCUUGGAGAUCAACUCCUCCUGCUUCAGUCAGGAGACGAAGUUGCCAUUAUCCCACCCAUUAGUGGCGGAUAGUGGUUUUGGGCCACUUGGGAAAGAUAUGAAUGAAAUUGAAGAGAAAUCUAAAGAUAUAAUAAAAUUCACUGUAGAGAAACUUUCAGUAGAUCAAGUCUCACAGUUGGUGAUUUCUCCACUCUGUGGUGCAGUAUCCCUAUUUGUGGGGACUACAAGAAAUAACUUUGAAGGAAAAAAAGUCAUUAGCUUAGAAUAUGAAGCAUAUCUACCAAUGGCAGAAAAUGAAGUCAGAAAAAUCUGUAAUGACAUCAGGCAGAAAUGGCCAGUGAAGCACAUAGCAGUGUUCCAUAGAUUUGGUUUGGUUCCAGUGUCAGAAGCAAGCGUGAUUAUUGCUGUGUCCUCAGCCCACAGGGCUGCAUCCCUGGAAGCUGUGAGUUUUGCCAUUGAUGCCUUGAAAGCCAGGGUGCCUAUAUGGAAAAAGGAAAUGUAUGAAGAGUCAGCAUCAUCUUGGAAAAGAAACAAAGAAUGCUUUUGGGCAACCAACAGUUAAAUCACUUAUAUUUUUAGAGUGCUGAAUUUUGCAUUUUGAUUUUUCCUCUCAACAACACACUAACUUUACUGAAAUACAAAAGAGAGAGAGAGAGAAGAAAAGAAAAUGGAAGUGUAGGCCAAGGCCUUAUAUUAGAACUAGAGAUAGAGGAAGGACUUGAGAGAAGAAGUGGGAUAACUUCAGUCAUUGUCUGUGGUAGAAAUAACAUUGCAUGACUAAAUUCUGAUGGUGAUGCUGCUCACAUUGAUGCAUGGCCCCUGCUCACUGAUUGUAACUGUCUGAGAGAGAGCCUUCCUCCCACUUUCAGUGAUGUCGUUGUUAUCAGGGAUGGAGGAUGGGAGUGUUGGCAGAGUUGGAACGUAGGACAAGUUAUUUUCAAACAGUUGAUAGUAUUUUUAGAAUUUAUAUACUUAAAAAAACUGAAACUAAAUAAACACAUGACUUAAGUUUAAAAACAAUGUUUCCUAUUUUUUUAAUUCAGUGAUGAUACUUAAAAUAUUUUAUAAUCUGGAAAUUUCUAGUAUUUCAGAAUUUGUAAUCUUACCAUAAACAUUAUAUUUUAUUAGUUAUUAAUAUUGUAUCAGUAUAAAAUCAGCAUGAAAUUGUAAAACUAGACAAAUUGCAACAGGGUGGUGUGUGUUCUAAUGUUAGUUGAUGUGUAAAAUUUGACCCAUGAUGGAGUAAAAAGGAAAAUUAUAUGGUAAUUUAUUAAAGCAUUUUCAGAUAGUUUUCUUUUUAGUUGCUUAUUAACAUCAUUAGUGAAGUCAUUAAUAAACAGUUAAGUUUUCUGCAAGAUCUCUA